AGUCAAAGUACGACUUCCGACAAGAUUUAAGAGGCAUACCAUCUUCUCAGAAAAAAAAGACUUGAAGCCGGAGUAGGACGAACCGUCCCAAGAAGGCAGCUAAGGAUAAACAAUGGUGAGCCCUUGUACUAAGCAAUUAUCAUACUCCCGUCUCGGUAUGAUGGUUGUUAAUGUUUUGUUGGAUUUUAUGGUUUUUGAGGGUCUCGCUAAAGUUCCUUGGGGGGUUUUUUUGGGUGUUUUGUUUUCAGUAGAGUUGCGUAUUGCUAUCAAACACUUCAAACUCAGUCUCAAUACUUAUAGCCCAAAGCUGACUGCUUAUACGUUAACGACUCUUCAAGUACAAAAUGCGGCCCUACCUGGAGCAAUGAGUUGGAGAAGGCAAUUUAGAAGCUUUGUUGGUAAUCCAUACUUGAGAAAGAGGUUUAAAGAUCAAAAGGUAUUCCGGUAACGCUCAAGAAGAAAGAAAUUGUGAUUUCCGCACACUGAGAAUGAAGGUGAAAAGGCAAAGAGUCUGCAUGGUAUCAUAAGCUUGCUUUCUUUCCUUCAUCUGCCAACAUUAAAGGUAGCAUAGCUAAACGCCCAUCCAUCCAUCCAUCAUCAUUCAAUGAGCAAAAAAAAUCCAUCCAA